AUGGACCUCAUGGGCCCCAGCCUGGCGCGCGGGCGGCAGCUCUGCGCCAGGGCCAGCCCCGAGCCAUGGAAGCACAACGAGACGAGGAACGAGGGGGGCUGCCCGAACGAGUGGCGGCCUUCGAACCAGCGCCAGAGAGAAAUCGACCGCUUCGGCGCCUGCAAGGCGCGCCGACUUGCCCGCAGGCGGCGCCGCGACGCCUGCGAGGCGGGGCUUCGCGCAGCUGGCAUCAACACAGAGACGAGGUACAUCGUGAUCCAGGUCCCCAAUCAGAGUAAGCCCCACGAUGGGCACCAGAGCGACUGGAAGGGCGAGGAGCAGCCCGAGGAGCAAAAGCGGAGCGGCUCCGGGGAGUACGAGCAGGAGGACGCGGAGGACAGCGACGCGGACUGCGAGGAGCAGCUCGAGGAGGACCAGCCUGAGCCCGAGAACGACAACAACAGCGCUGGGAGCAGCGCGAUCGAGAAGAGCGAGCUAGGCCAGGACGACAAGGAGUGCGACACCUUCCAGAAGAACAAAGCGGCAGUCUGCGCCGCGCUCCGCGAUGCAGGCAUCGACGGGCCCAACGCCAACACCCUCGCUCACAUGGCCGCCCUGAACAUGCCCCUCCCAGCCAGGAUCGCCGAGAUCAUCGCAGCCUCCGCCUUCCGGAACACCGGCCACGUCGACGCGUGCGAGGCCCAGCGGAUCGGCGGCCACACCGACACCUACGAGGCCCAGAAGACCGACGGCCACGUGAAGCAGAACGAGGCCCAGCGGAUCGGCGACCACGUCGACACGUACGAAGCCCAGUGGACCAGCUUCCACGAGAAACAGGACACGAACGAGGCCCAGCGGAUCAGCGACCACGUCGACACGCACGAGGCCCAGUGGAUCAGCGACCACGUGGAGACGUACGAGGCCCAGCGGAUCGGCGACCACGUCGACACGUACGAAGGCCAGUGGACCAACUUCCACGAGAAACAGGACACGAACGAGGCCCAGCGGAUCGGCGUUCAAGUCGACACGCUCGAGGCCCAGUGGAUCAGCGACCACGUCGACACGUACGAGGCCCAGCGGAUCGGCGGCCACGAGAAGAGCUACGGGAGCGACUCCAAGGAUGAGAAGGCAACGGGAGCGACCCCAAGGACGAGAAGGUACGACAAGGUGCGCUUCAACGAGGACCCAGAGAUCUACACCUUCGAG